AUGUUGGGGCGUCGCAGGAAGGGGGGCCUGGAGCGCUCAGCCGCGCCCGCGAAAGAGACCAAGAAGUGGAGGUUGGAGCUGAAUGAAGAGAACGCUUGCGCCUCUCCUCGCUUGUCUUCGCAGCCGCGUACCUCCCUCAGCAUCUCGUCCUCAUCAUCUGUGGAUUCGCACAUAUACUACGUGGACUCUGCUUCUGAGCGGAGUCGCAGCUCCUCGUCCUCCCGGCCCUCAGGUGUACGUACACCCGGGGACAGGCGCGAAGGAGAAGAAGACGCGCUUGCGCCGGAGCUGACGGAGGAGGAGCUUCGGCUGCUCCAGGCGGACGACGACGACGAGGGCGAGAGGGAGAGGGAGAGGGAGGAUCGGAAGGCCGAGGCUGACAAACAGCAGGCAGAUGAUAGCGCGCAGGGGAAUGGAGAAGAGGUUGCGAGGCCGAAGAAGCGACGACGGUUCGCGUGGAUGGAAAGCGACGACGAAAGCAUUACGGCGAGCAGCAGUGACAGUGAAGAAGACGAGGAGCCCAGCGCGCUCCCUCCGGCUGCAGAAGAGCCCAAAACGCCGUCGCCAUCCUCGGCCUGCCCGACCCCCCUUCCUCCUGGCGCGCCGCGCAACAGUUUGUUCACUGUUUCUCCGCCUUCUCUUUCCUCGUCUUCUUCGCCGCCGUCUCUCGGCGCUGCGUCGCCGCCGCCCAACUCGUCGUCGCCUGUCUCUCCGGAGGCCUCGACCGCGCCUCCAGAGCCCGAGCGGGAUGUCGUGUCGGCGUCAGUCUUCGUCUCUGAUUUGGCGGCGCUGGGGCUCCAGUUCGCGGGCGGCGACCGCGAGGAGCUCUGUGAAGGCAUGCAGCGCUGCAUCACGACUUUGUACCUGAUGAAUUUGUCCUUCGAGGCCUCCCUCGGCGAAAUCGAGACGUGGGUGGAGUCGCACCUGCAGGUCCGGCCGCUGGACGUCUUCCCGUCGCCCUCCGCGACCGCGCCCGACGCGGCGCCGCCCGGGGCGAAGGCUCCGUUCGCGGCCCCGCGGUCCCCGUUCGGGGCUGCGCCCCCGGGGGACAGGUCUCCCAGCGACUCGCAGCACCACCGCGGGCGGGUGUUUGUCGAGUUGGGCAGCUACACCAAGGUCCGCCUGGGCGUGCAGAAACUGAACGGCCUUUACCUUCGCGGGCGCCCAGUCCGCGCGCUCUUCGCCUUCACCGUGAAGGGACGACCUUGCACGUUGCAGACGGCGAUGCAUCUCAAGUUUCUUCGGCAGCACGUGCUGCAGGAAGUCAUGGGCGUGGAGGGCGCGCCGCGAUUCCAGCGAAAGAAACCUGGAUGGAACAUCGACGGCGGCUGUAACUGGGUCGGCACCUAG